GACUUAAAAUAUCCCUUUCAUUGAAUAAGUUCCCGACACGUUAACCAUAGAGAUGCGAAUAUGACGUGAAAACAAUAUAAACAAUAGAGUUAUAUAUCACUUCAAUCAUAUAACAUAAACUACAUAAUACGAAUACACCCCAACUCAGUUUUAUGGCUACUAUUGUCAACAGGCAUGAAGAGAGUGUUCUGCCAUCUGUCAGCAUGAUGCUGAUGAUAGCAGUACCUUGUUGUGGUAAAAGAGAAGUGCAGAUUCCAGCGACAACUGCAGCUAAUGUAAUAAGUUCAUUGAAGAAUUAUUUUCUCAGUGGAUGUGUUUUCCUACUCUCUACCAAACAUCAAACGGAAAUGAGGCCAUCUUCAGUGAAACUAGGUCGACUCCUCUCAGAUAAAAGGAUCCUUGCAACAGAAGUUUCCCUCCAGUCAUUUAACCAUACUCUGCCCGAAUACAGGUGCUGCAGUAAUCACCCUCUAAAUGUCAUUCUGUCGGGGGACACACAGGCCAAGAGCUCUGUACGUCGGUUGUCCGACACAACAAGUCUGACUGGGCCGACAUGGCUGCUUCUCUUGGACAACACCUCGUCUCCGAAAGAGUUUCUUGGUGACAGCAACAUCCCUUUUGAUUGCGAGUUCCUGGUAGCUCAGCAGAAUGCAGGAGGCUUGGUCAUGCUGACAGAAGUAUACAAGAUCGCAACAGAAAGGCCGCUCCUCUACCACGAUUUCGGAUAUUGGUUAUCAGAGACGACAUUCAGAUUUCCUUCGACAGAUUUCUACUUCAGGAGGUCCAGUCUCCAAGGUCUUUCUAUUUCUACGGCAACUAUUGAGAAUCCUCCAAUCACAGUGCUUGAAAGGACUGACGGUCAAAUUAAAUUUAGUGGCUACUUCGGUAAGGUAUGGCGUGUCCUGGAGAAGAGGAUGGAAUUCAGGACGAACUUCAGUUUCCCUGCUGAUGGCGGCAGAGGAUCGGUAAUGAAGAACGGGACUGCUACUGGAAUGAUCAGGAUGAUACAAGACAAUCAGGUACACGUGGCUGUAGACGCAUUUGGAAUGAGUGGGAUACGAGCCACGGCUGUCGAUUUCACGGUGCCCCUGCUUUCUACAAGGUACUGUGUCAUCGUGAAGUCCCCAGACAGCCUAAAACUGCAGUGGGACAACUUUCUGGCUCCGUUCAGUGUCAUGCUCUGGGUAGCUAUGAUGGCCACGGUCAUCGUCAUCGCUAUCCAUUAUACACUGCUAUACUACCUGGGGCAGCGCUAUGGCAACCAAGAGGCUGACGAGAUCAAAUUUUACACGUUCAGCGACUCCUUGCUGCUAGUACUUGGCAUAUUUUGUCAACAAGGUCACGACACGACGCCCCGGUCAUACUCCUGCCGGUUCGUGUGCAUCUCGAUGUACAUUAUUGCAGUGAUGAUUUUCGGCACAUACUCAGCCACCUUCAUAUCGUUCCUGACAGUUCAUGAAAACAGAUUGCCUUACACGGACCUCGAGAGUCUCUUCAGCAAGCACGCCCAGAACUACAUCUCCGAGCCUUCCAGACAAUUUCUCGAUAAAACGUAUGGCGAAUCGUACCAAGACAACGUCCAACCGUCCGUACUGGACGGAAUGCAUAAGGUCUGCAACUCCAAGUAUUCCUUCUUGAUGUCAAUGGACACAGCGCUGGCGUUCAAGAACAAAGUAAACUGCACUGUCGUCCCUCUGCCGCGUGAAACAAGUUUAUACAUCCCACAAGGCUUUGCGAUUGCUAAACGAAGUCCGUACCUAGGGCUUUUCAAUUACAACCUGAAUAAAUUACGAUCAAAUGGCGUCUUGUACAAACACCGAGUAUAUGACAGUAUGAGGCGGACAUUUAGCAAAGAAAAUGCAGCAUGGACAAGGGUAAGGUUGGAAGAAGUUGCACCCAUCAUCGGCUUCCUUCUGGCUGGUAUCGUGGCAUCUUCUGUGGUGCUGCUGCUGGAGAAAGUAAUUACAACUAACAUGUUCCUGCAACAACAAAACGUGUUCUGCUGCAUCGCUGCAGUUCGUUACGUUGAUGGCGGCCAUUCCUUUCAUCCGAAAAACUCGCAAAUAAACUUUUUACGACCGGUGGGACACAACAUCAGAGUGAGGAGGGCCCCACAGCACCAGCGCCUUAGGGAGGUUGUCUGAGUAAUUCCAAUGAAUGUAAAUACAGUUCUAAAAGCAACAACUAAAAAAGAAAGAAUUUUUUUAAGAGUUAUGAGACUGACCACACUUUGAAACUGCAUUACAUUAUAUUUAAUACACAGGUCUACACAGUCGCUCAUAACGAGGUACGCGUUUAAGCAAAGUGCCUGAAUUUCGAAUGUUGAAUUUCUGCUUAAGUACAGAGGUACCACGCCAAAUUAAAUUUUCGGUAUAAUCUUGCA